UUUGCACGCCACCACCGUUCCCAGCGACUCCAGGUUCGUCCGUCUCGUGCGCGUUUCGGGAUCUGCGGGAGCGCGCACGCGUCUGCGCGGAGGUAUUCCUAGCUCGUGUGUGAGUGUGUGAAUGUGUGUAUGUGUAUAUGUGUGUGAAAGAGAGAGAGAGAGGAGAGAGAGAGAGAGUCUGGGCUUCGGGAGACCGGAACAUGGAAGAUGAAGAGGUUGCCGAGAGCUGGGAGGAGGCAGCGGACAGCGGGGAAAUAGAGAGAAGACUGGAGGCAAAACUGAUGAUCAGCCAAAAAGAAAAGAAAUCGAACAGUGGCUCCGGCCGCUCGCCCAUGAGGACAGCCAUCGUGAUCCAGGACGACUCGCUGCCGGCCGCCCCCCCGCCGCAGAUCCGCAUCCUGAAGCGGCCCCCCAGUAACGGCUCCCUGGGCUCGGGGACGACCUCCACCCGGCCCGUGCCGCAGGUGAAGUCGCUGGCUCAGCGUGAAGCGGAGUACGCAGAGGCCAGGAGGCGCAUUCUGGGCAGCCCCAGUCCCGAGGACGCGCCUCAGGAACGCCCCAGCGCGGACAGGCCCGUGCGAAUGAGCGCCCCCGCUUCCUUGGAGGACUGUCGGCCAAACAAUCACGCAAUCCGCCAGCCGACAGGCCCAGACGGCACACAAGGCUUUCGCCAACGCAGAUAGAGGGAGGGGAAUUCUCAUACUGGGUGGGGGGAUGUCCUGUCUUUGGGGGGCUGGAUGUGGGUUUAAACUGGUUUAAAACAGGUAUAAUUCUGAUUAGGAAUGAAUUAAAGUGUUACGAAAAAGAGAGUGAAUUCCCUCCCUCGCCCUUCUGACGGUUACUCUCCCACCCCCCACGGCUCCCAUGACCGAGAGGAGGGGGCUGAGGGGAGGAGGUGCAGGGCAAAUCUCUCUUUCCCCGCUUGACACUGUGAUGAAGCCCUUGCUUCUUCAGGACUCAGCUCACUGUGAUACACCCCCCCCCCCCCCCCCCCCACGAUUCACCCCCCCCCCCCCCCCACCCCAGGCACCACUUUCGACCCUGACCUGCCACCCUACAUAGCUAACCAGGACUCCAGCUCCAUUGAACAAAAGGGGGGGAUUAUUGGAUGAGACUGGUAUAAAAUGGUGGUGGUGGGGGAAUACAGAAGCAGUGGGGGGAGAGCUGAAUGCGGCCAUGUUGGGUCGCCAUCCUUCUCAAGCAAUAAAACUGAUGUCACCGAGGAUCACCACCUCGCACCCCCUCCCUCAUCUGUUCACCUGUUAGCCUAUCAAGUGUAUUAACUAUUGAUGUUGCCUGUUUGUGUUUUAUGUUCGAUUUUGAUUAUGUUGCUGAUUAUAUAUAUAUAUUUUUAAUUGAUAAGAGAUGGUCAAAGGUAGAAUCCAACAAUAGGUGUGUGUACAGCUCUGGUUUAUGGUUUUUGUCAAGGUUUUCUUUUUCCCUUGAUCGAUUUUCUUUUUUUCUGAAGAAUGUUCUGAUUUCUAUGUAGAAAACGAAUUACACAGGAGAGAGAGAGAAAAAAUGAAAUUAGCUAUAAAAAUGAAUAUGUUAGCAAAAUAUAUUUUAAAGCAGCUUAUUUUGGUUAGCGAUUUAAAGAUAUUUUAAUUGACGCAACCAUAGGAAAUUAGGAAGUGCGUUUUUGCAGAAAAAAAUAAACAGUUUAAAGCCAAAUGUUGUGUAAAUACUCAAAUCGUGGAAGGUUACUGGGGAUUGUGAUGCGAGAAGUUAAAAGCGCAGCAAGUGUUUUUAAUGUUAAAAAUCUUGACUGAUUUGAAGGUCUGUGUUCGAAAAGGAUUGUAAUAAUGAUCAUGUAACGCAUUCUUGUUUUUUUAAGCAUUUCUAUUCAGUUUUCUCCUGUCUCUUCCAGUUAUUAAACUAGGGUGGAGAGGGCUGGACUGGUGCACGUAAAAGCAGGAGGUGGCCGGAAAUACGGCACUUUAAAUGCAUUCCCUGCGUGAGGAAAACGGGAGGAAUCAGCUGGGUGGGAAAAAAUUGCCUGGAGAGGAACAGCAACACUUUGGAGGUUAACCUGAAGCAGCACGUGCUUGGGUUUAGUACUACCAGACGCGUCAAAUGCCUUAAUGAAGAUAUUGCAACGGGAAUAAUCGUAUUUCUCUUGUCGCUGUUAUCUCUGCCACUUUGGGAUCGUAGGGUCGUAAUAGAUACUGCUGGGUUAUCAGAAACGUUAUUUGUUUUAAUUGUGUGCUGUCCACCUCUCCCGGACACAGUCCAUCUCUCUUCCUCUGAACUUGUCACCAUGAAUCUGUGGACCCGCCCCCCUGCAUUCACAGUACGACGCAUUAAUGUGGUGAUUAAUCUCUGUUGCAGCCGCCAUUGAGUAUGAGGUGAUGGAAAGGAAGGAUAGAUUUUACUGUUUGAGCUUAAACACAGCGGAAAACCCGCCUGUAAAUACUUCAAAUGCCCUUUAAUAAAGACAAAUUUGAAGGAAAAGCCGAUUGAUUAAAAUAAUGGGGUGCACAGUUUUGGUUAGUUUAGACUUUUAAUUUUUCUACUUUGUAAAAUAAGUGUUUGCAUGCAUCUUUGCUUGCGGUGGUUCGCCAGCCUGGCCGACGUCAUUCCCGUAAGUGAAGCGGCAAAUACAGAUUAGGAAAGCGCUUGAGAAAGGUGAGCAUAAAUCAUGUUUGUUUUUAAGCAUUUAAUUACUUGGGUAGGAUGCAGCAUUCUUUUGGUGUUACUUUGACAAUGUUGCUGUGAUGUUGCGCUCAUUGUAUUUUUGUCCUUAAGUACCUAUGCCAAAUUUUCGGAAAUUAUUGGAUGAGGGCCCUAAGAAACAGAAUAAAUGGGUUCCAAAACUGAAAAGGAAAUGCGGUAAUUUUCCUUUACUUAAGUGCCAUGAGAUCGUUUUGUGCCCGUUCAUGACAGCAUACUAUAGCCUACGUUUUUGUGCAGGAUUACGACCAGUCCAAAACGUCCGAACGCCGAAUGAAUGGACAGAGAGGAUUUAAAAACCAGAUGAAGAAGAUUUUGCUGUGGUGGCCCGAAGGUGCCUUUUGUGCUCUUCCUUAUCCCCGGUGUUUUUCUAUAUUUAUGUUUGUUUCCGUCUUGUCUGAUAUGUACAUAGCCUGUAUCCUUGUUUCACUCCUGUCUGAUUUGCAUGUGUAAGUGACCGGCCCUGAGCAGGUAGCCUGGACCCACUGGCGGGCUGCCAUUGCCUGACCGCCACUUCUGCUUGUCCCGACCCUGUUGGUCUCUCCACAAUAUUUCUGUUUCUGUAAGUUCUAGCCGUCUUAUUUGUAAUAAACCGGUGAUCAAAUCAAAGAAAAUGUGUCGUAUGGUGAAAGCUGAUUUAACUGGUCUGGAAGGAACAUUUCCCCCAAAUAUUCGAUUGUGGUAAAAGACUUUCAAUAAACCAAUCAUCAUGGUUA